GGAGCACCCAGAGGAAACCCACGCGGACACGGGGAGAACAUGCAAACUCCGCACAGAAAGGCCCUCGCCGGCCCUGGGGCUCGAACCCAGGACCUUCUUGCUGUGAGGCGACAGCGCUAACCACUACACCACUGUGCCGCCAUAUCUCUUUUAACUAGUGAUAAAUCAGUCAAUAUGACAAAUGAACAGUCUAUCCAACAGUCAUCCAGGGUUUUUAUUGUGCCUUCCUUCUCUAUGUUCAACACCCAAUGAAAUCCUGAAAAGGUAAGGUCUUAGUAUUUACCACUAGGUGGCAGUCACAUUACUUCACAUGUACCAAUGGCACUGAGUAUAUUGUGCAAGGUCAACGUGUCUCCACGGCUGUUAGUCAUAUGUCUUUCUAAAGAAGACUAAUGUCUUCUUGAAUGGCUGUAUUUAGCACUAUUUUGGUUAGUUGCACUUGCUUGUCAAUCAGAAUUUCUAACUAUGGCACUGAGGCUGCUGAGGGCUAGCCUUAAUCACUUGUGAUUCCUGUUUGCAACUAAAGUUUUUAAUUUGUGGGACAGAAACGUGCCUGAUUUUGUGAGUUGAGUUGAGUAGAGUAGAAUUGAGGAAACUGCAGGCUGGAAAGGGGAAGUCAUGGCAGCAGAUAUUUUGCUCAUGAGAAGCCUGACCAGACUGAGGCAAAUGACAUAUCAGAAUCACAUUCUGAGUGUUCAGAGGAGAGAACGCCUGAGUCUCGUCCAAAAUCCUGUGAAAGAACAGGAUUAUAACUGCACUGAGAGAACUGCUUCAACAGAGAGAGGUGUUUUAAAAUCAAUCUAUAGUUUUCCUCACAUUGGCACAGGACUGAAUAAUGCGGAACGUAUCCGGGCUCUGAAUGCUCUGAGGGACAACGCAGAGGGCAAUGGCGCGAUCAACAAUUAUAGACACAAAUGUUUGGAGAAAACCAGAUGCAAGUUAUUUCAAGGACUUCCACAACAACAACUGCCAAGCUAUUGUCAGUCCUGUUCAUUCCAUCAAGAUCACUGGUGCUGGAGUGAUGCAAAAAAAGAAGGCCCUGACACAUCCAAGAAACACAAGCAGAUGCUCAGUGAUAGCGCCCGUGAACGCAAAGUACCAGUUACAAGGCUGGGACGUUUGGCAAAUUUUGGGGGCUUGGCAGUUGGACUGGGUUUGGGAGCGAUUGCAGAAGUGGCAAAGAAGAGCCUCAGAUCAGAUGAGAAAAAAGGGAAUAAAAAAUCUAUCCUUGAUUCAAACCCAUUUGUCUCUGAGGCUAAUGCCGAACGAAUUGUUCGGACUCUGUGUAAAGUCAGAGGAGCUGCUCUAAAACUUGGGCAAAUGCUUAGCAUCCAAGAUGAUGCUUUCAUCAAUCCUGAGCUGGCAAAGAUCUUUGACCGUGUUCGACAGAGUGCCGACUUCAUGCCCACCAAGCAAAUGAUGAAAGCAGUGAGCAAUGACUUGGGCCCAAACUGGCGCGAUAAGUUGGAGUUCUUUGAAGAGAAGCCUUUUGCUGCUGCCUCGAUUGGUCAGGUGCACCUCGGUAGAAUGAAGGAUGGCAGAGAGGUGGCUAUGAAGAUCCAAUACCCUGGAGUGGCCAAAAGCAUAAACAGUGACGUCAGUAACUUAAUGACUGUCCUCAGUAUGAGUAAUGCAUUACCUGAAGGUCUGUUUCCAGAGCACUUGAUAGAAGUUAUGAGCAGGGAACUUGCUCUUGAGUGUGAUUACGUGAGGGAAGCCAAAUGUGCUAAAAAAUUCCAAGAGUUAUUGAAGGAUCACCCUUUCUUCUAUGUGCCAAAUGUAGUGGAUGAACUAAGCAGCCAACAUGUCCUUACUACAGAACUGGUGUCUGGUUUCCCACUGGAUAAAGCUGAUGACCUGCCACAGGAACUCAAGAAUGAGAUCUGUGAGCAGAUUUUGAUUCUUUGCUUAAGAGAGCUCUUUGAGUUCAGAUAUAUGCAGACUGAUCCGAAUUGGUCUAAUUUUUUCUUUGACCCACAAAAGCACAAGGUUGCACUGUUGGAUUUUGGAGCCACAAGAGGUUUUGAUGCAAGUUUUACAGACGUGUAUAUUGAGAUCAUCAGGGCUGCAGCAGACAGAAACAGAGAGGGGGUUUUACAACGAUCAAUUGACAUGAAAUUUCUGACAGGUUAUGAGUCAAAGGCAAUGAUGAAUGCCCAUGUGGAUGCAGUGAUGAUCCUCGGGGAGGCAUUUGCCUCAGAAGAGCCCUUUGACUUUGGCAGUCAGAGUACCACCGAGCAGAUCCACAGCCUCAUCCCUGUCAUGCUAAAGCAGAGACUCACCCCUCCUCCUGAAGAGACCUACUCUCUGCACCGCAAGAUGGGAGGCUCAUUUCUUAUUUGUUCCCGCCUCAAAGCCAAGCUGAUUUGUAAGAAUAUGUUUCAGGAGGCUUAUGCCAAAUAUUGGCGAGAUCGACGACUAUAAACUGCCCAGUGAGCAGGUUUGUAUGGAAGUCAUAGGGGAGUGAGUGAAAGCCAAACUACAACUAGGAUCAUGGCAUUUCUAUAUGCACACUUGUGCCCUUUUACUUAGGCUGUAGCACAGAACAAAUUUGAAGAAUGAUGUCUGACAAAUGAUUUACAUUUAUACCUUUUUACGAAGAAAAAAAAAAUAUGUAGGCUGUGACUAUUGAUGUUUCAAAUGAGGCACUAUGGGAAACAUGACAAUAUUGUGAUAAUACAUCUUGAGUAAAUUACUCUCUGAAUGUUUUCUGAAUAGUAUGAAGUAAAAGGUUAUGAAUUUGCAGAACCUUGUUACUAAAGUUUUUGUGUGAUAUCAAGACCUCUGAGACCAAUUCUAAAGAAGUCCGUGUAAUAUGAAGCCAGUAUUUCUAUGACAUGAAAGGCACUCUAAAGUAUACAUUAUUUGGCCAGUCCCAAAAGCAUUCAUACCACAGCACUGUUGAAUUCACAAAAGGUCAGGUUUAUAUAUUCUUCUAAUACAUUAUUGUUACUGUAGUAACAGGGACAUGGGUUGUGAACACUUUCCAGAGGUAUUAAAAAAAUGUAAUUUGUUAGAUAAGGAUAAAUGUUUAGCAUUUUAGGAAGGAGUCUCCAGUGCCAGCAUUGUAUAACAGAGUUAAGUGUAAGUUUCAGUCAUGAAAAAGGUGUCAGGAUGGAAAGCUGUCUUGCUAACAUAAGAUGCCUUUUUAUUUAUUUAGUCUUAUUAACUUCAAGAAACAAAAAGACGAGGGGGGAAACUAAUCUAGCUACAGUAUAAACAAGCAAAAAAUAUGAUGCAUUAUUCUUUAACAAAAAUGAUUAGCAUUGGAUAACUGUGAUAUAAGGGGAAUACAGUUAUAGGAAGAGAAUCAGCUUUGGGAUGAUAACAGCCCUCCGCUUUGUGUUAUGUAUAAAGCUUUUAUAUUUGACAGUUGUUGUUGUGGAACUUGAUUCUAUUUAGACACAUUUUACAGAAAGUGAGUGAUCAUUGGUGUUAAUAAGACAGCUCAGCAGCUGAAAACAACACUGAAAUGGAGCUUCAAUGUGCUGAUAGAUGCCAUAUGCAGUGUAGAGAGAAGAGUUGCCCUCAAAAUCCAUGACCAUUAUAAAAACAAUGUCCAAGAGUAGACUACUAGAAACAAACAUGGUGCUUACCAUUUUAUGAAAGAGUUGAGGAAGCUGUGCUGUCCAGGACAUUCUCUUGCAAUAACUCAGUCCAUUGUGUCCUGGCACUCGUUACAGUACAUCACUUCAUCAGAAUAUGCCUCUAUCUGAAUGGUGGUGAUGUGGAAGCUGAAUUCAGUCUGGAGCAGCUUUGUCAUAAGUGCAGUAUAUGGAUCAGUUUGUUCAUCUAGUGUAAAACAUGAUAUAAUCUAAAACGUACUGUAAUAUAUUGUGAACUGCUGUACAGCCACAGGUCAUUAGUUAUUUCACUUGAUAAAUGCCACACUGUUAAGCUAAUAUUCUUCUUUUCUAUCUAAAUAUGAACUUACCUAUGAGAGCAUGGACAGACAUCUGAUGUUGACUCAUGGUCAGCACCCAAAUGUGAAGACUGUGUGUGGCUUUGACAACUCUGACUGAUAGCAGGAGGUCUUUCAGAGUCAUAGUCUAUACUGGGUGGUGUUCCUUAAAACAAAGACAAUAUACUGUAGAUGCCUUAUGAAACAUUUGACAGCUUUGAAUGUUGGAUUAUCUACUUACCCUCCAUGAGCACUCUGAAAAUGUCUUUCAGUAUUGAUGUUGUUGCAAGAACAAGUAUGGAAAACAAGAACAUACAGUGGUGCUUGA